AUGGACAAGUCUCAAAGCCAACCAGUCACACUUGCACCAGAUCCAGACGUCAAAUCCAGGGACCAACCAAUGGAUCACAUCUUCAAGGCCGUAGCGUGGUCUGAGGAAGAAGAUGAACGGCAGCAGAACGAGAGGCGCCUAUCCCUCGAGGCGCAGGGGCAAGACAAAGUCACCCGUUGGAUGAGAGACGGACUACAGUACGGGGUUCUCUAUUGCGAUCUUCUGCCAGACAUCUCCAGCGUAGUACGCCCAGUUGACAAGUCCGGCAGUUACAUGGACAUGCUGCCAUGGUGGAACCCGGAUUAUGAGUCUAGUGCAACUCUAACAACUACCGAGAGAGCUACCCCGAUUCCCCAGGUCAAGACUCAAUUGUCUCCUGAUGAGCAACAUACCGACGACAUCAAACGCGAGAAGGCGUUCCAUGAUCUUCUGACCAAGGCUGGGGGACGCCCCUGGUACUCCAGGGAGCUCAUCGACAAAGUCGCCCAGAAUCCAGAACACCACGCCGAGCUUCUUGGGUACUGGAAACAAGACACUACCGGAUCGGGGAAGCAAGAAUGGAUGGUGUUUGAACGCCAGCUGGAAAGGUGGAACCAGUUUUGCCGUUAUCAGCUGAGAGUGAGACGAAACCGGGAUACAUUUGACGAAUACCUGGCGCGAUGUACCAAGUGCCUCUCUAAGCAGUCUCUCACCACGCCACUUCAUAUGAGACCAGAUCCAGCAGACCAGGAUCCAUUGUCACAAUGGCUUGAGUAUCUAUGCUUCGAGGUGUCAGAUCGCAAAAAGUACUCGUGGUAUAAGCGCUAUAACCAGCAGUAUGAAAGCGCCUGGCAGACACUCGUUGACUCCAAGUUGUUGGAAUUGCACGAAGACCGAGGCCAGAUUGAAGCAGCAGAAUAUACGCCAGCAUCAGAUGGUGAAAGGACCAAACUAAGACAAGCCGUCGAGGUGGCUAGUUCAAACGUCUUAUUAGCGGAGCGGGAUCUGUUGGACCCAAGUGUCAGGGGGCCCGUAGCACAACGGAAACUCUUCGAGACUCAAGCCAAGCUUGACUCUGCAAUUGAAGCCUUCGAUCAUUUCCAACGUCGGGGGGAUGCGAUCAAGGCGUUUCUCCAGACCACCUCUGCCUAUCGUGAGGCAAGGCGUGGAGCUCUGCGACACCAAAUGCUUUUACGAUGGAUGCGGCAACAAGUCCCGCUGAUAGAGGAGGAUCUUGGCCUACCGCCUUCGACAGGACAUUCGGUUGUGGAUGCCGAGAUGCUUUUGGAGACGGAUAGCGACGAGAGCGACGACCAGAAACUGAGUAUCGACUCUUCUCGCACCGAGUUGAUGGACACACUUGCCGGGUUGCAACGAAAUGAAAGCAAAAAGCGUCUCGCGAAUGGCCUGAACGAUCGAUGUGAGAUGGCCAAUCCCCCCCCCGUUCGUCGGGGCUCUUCUACAGGCCAUCUACCUUUACCUCCACAACCGCUUGCGCCCGUGACCUCGACGCCUAGCAAACCUCCGCCACGACCGCACACGACCAAGACAGCUCCUCCCGAGAUCGAUAGUCCCGUGCAUCCGUCUCUUCUUCAACCCCGUGUCGCCGUCGUUCUCAAUGUCCCCAAGCCAUGGCACCCGUGGCUUUUUGCCCUGCGGCUCUUCUCUAUUCUACCGGCGUUGUGGUGGGGAUUGCCUUCUGCGCUUCAGCUACUGUUGCGCGUCUUGCCAGGACCAGAGAUUGUAGUUGUUGUGCCUUCAACGACAGGAGGAUCUGUGGCUAUGAGUGUCGAGGCAGAUGCGCGAUACGCCCUGACUGAGACUGGGCUCGCGACUAUAUGGUGUUUUGCUUCGGGAUAUUUAUCAUUCUUCUUCACGGACUGUCUGAUGUCCAGAUGGCUCAUCAAUUAUACCCCACAAGCGACCAUGGUUCGCCUACUCACAACCAACUUUUGUAACGCAUAUCUCACUGCGUUUGUGCUCUCUUUCACGGGUGGUUUCCAAGACCCUCGUCUCCUCCUCCCAGGCUGGGUUGGCAUAGCCACUACUCUUACCAUGAUGUAUCACGUCACUCACCAAAAGAUCAACAUUCGCAAGGAGACGUCUACCUCCAUCAACGUCUUCUCCAUAGCUUGUUCCAUCACUAUGGUGACUCUGCUGGUACACCUUCAUCAGUCCACACCUGACUACCCCCAGAUGCCAAUUGUAGCUUCUGGUCGGCGCGCCUUUGAUGAAGCAUCGCGCGUUAUCACUCAGAUCAGGGGAAGCAUCGAGCAGCAUGAGGACCUGUAG